ACACCCGAUCCGCUGCAGCCGGCGCUGCGCCCCAGCUGCCGCGGGCUGCCCUGAGUGGGCCCGAGGCGGCGCCGCCAUGGCCAAAUGGGGCCACGGGGAUCCACGCUGGAUCGUGGAGGAGCGGGAGGACGGGACCAACGUGAACAACUGGCACUGGACGGAGCGUGAUGCCACUGCCUGGUCCCGAGGGAAACUGCGGGAAUUGCUGGUGGGGAUCGCGGUGGAGAACGAGGCCGGCCGAGCCGAGCUCUGUGAGCUGAAGCAGGUGGAAGGCGAGGCUUCGUGCAGCAACCGCAAGGGAAAGCUCAUCUUCUUCUAUGAGUGGAACAUCAAGCUGGGCUGGAGAGGUACAGUUAAAGAAUCUGGCGCCAAGCACAAGGGGUUGAUCGAGAUACCCAGCCUUUCUGAAGAGAAUGAAGUUGAGGACACAGAGGUGAAUGUGAGUAAAAAGAAAGGAGAUGGGGAUGUCUUGAAAGAUCUCAUGAGAACUGCGGGCACCGCCAAGGUCAGGGAGGCCCUUGGAGAGUACCUGAAGGCACUGAAGACUGAAUUCACAUUGGGGAUGAUUCUACCAACCAAGGCUAUGGCGACCCAGGAGUUGACAGUUCAAAGGAAACUGAGUGAGGAUGCCAUGCAGGCUCCGUCCCCAGCGGCGCUGGGAGUCAGGAUCCCCACUGCUGCGCUGCGCCUGACAGAACGGUUUGACACAUCCGUGGAGCAGCUGUACAGCAUCUUCACUGUGAAGGAAUUGGUGCAAAAGUUUUCUAAAUCUUCUGCUGUAUUAGAAGCUGAAAAGGGAGGUAAAUUCCAAAUGUUUGAUGGGAACAUCACUGGUGAAUACGUAGAACUGUUAACAAAUAAAAAGAUCAUCAUGAAAUGGAGAUGUAGGAACUGGCCAGAAGAACACUAUGCAACAGUUGCCCUGAGUUUUGUGCCUGUUCUGGGGCAAACAGAACUGCAAUUGGACUGUAAAGGAGUUCCUGUCUGUAAGGAAGAGAACAUGAAGUUCUGUUGGGAGAAGCAGCAUUUUGAAGAAAUAAAAGGUUUACUGCAGCUGGCCACCCUGCAUGGUUGACGACCUUGUAGGAGGGCACUUUUGUAAGCAGAACAGUGUCCUAUCAGCUUUACCUCUUCCUUUUUAACUUACUUUAUAUUGGAUGAAACCCAUGAACCUACGUAGCGUCGGGGCCCUGCAGGCAGUGUGCAGCAGUGUGCUGCAACUGAGGUGGCGGGAACCUCACCUUCCUCCCCAGCAGCAAACCCCUCCCCGAGCACAGUGGCAAGCCUGCUUCCGGCUGUAGGUUAACUUCAAGGAGACAGAAAAUUGGCAUGUUGAUACUGUUCCUUUAUUUUUUAUUUUACUUUAGGGUGUGUAAGGUGUAUAGCUCUUCGUUAGUGAAACAGUGGCAUGUUGAUGUGAGGGCCAGCUGGCUGUACUGCUGGGGCAGCCCUGCAGCAGUUACGCACCCUGGGGUGGACAGGACUGAGGAGUCAGUGGGGUAAGUGACUAUUUUUGGACUUGUCAUGAAAUAGAUCAGUGGACCAAUGCUUCCCCCUCCAGUUUUCUCAUUACCUUCCUCUGAGAAGACUGAAGCAACAUAUGUAAACAAAUGAAAAGUCAUCACAAUCAGUUUUAAUUAAGUGCACAGAAUAGCAAUCAGUCAUGUCAAUAAAAAUAAAACAAUUAUUUUUA